ACAGCACCACAGUCAGCUGAUGCUCUGCGACAGUGUUGAUCUGUGUGCUUUUCGGAAUGCUUGCUGUCAUGCUUACCAAUAUUUAUUCAGCGCAUUCAUAGAUCCGUGGCUCGAACGAUCGCCCAGGGAGCUAUGGAGGGAGUCCCGGAGAAGAUCGACGUGCUUCUGAAACCCACCGGCGAUGCGCCGAUUCUCAAGAUACAGAAGUUCUCCGUACGCUCAGAGUUGCCGGUAUCUGAUCUCGUGCUCAACAUAAAGAAGCUGGCUAAGCUACAGCCGUCAGAGUCAGUGUUCCUCUACGUGAACCAAGCUUUCGCUCCGGCUCUAGACGAAAAGUUGGCAACUCUCUUCGAAGUUUACGCCACCAAUGGCAAACUCGUCUUGCAUUACGCGACGACUGAGGCCUGGGGAUGA